AUGUUUAAUUCGUACGAAUUGGGAAAUGGUCGAGUUAGAAAAAAAAGAAUAGAAGGUUUAUUAGGAGGUGAAAAAACUUUGAUAAUUGUGGAUUGGGAUGAUACUCUAUUACCUACUACAUGGCUUUCAUGGAAUAAAAAAUUAGAUUUAAAAAACACCAAUUUUGGGAGAAUAGUGGCAAAUUUUUUAAAGAAAGCUACAGAACUUGGACAAGUUGUUAUAAUAACAAAUGCAGAUCCGAGUUGGGUUUAUGAGACUUCAGAGUUAUAUCUUCCAGAAAUAUUAUAUUAUUUGAGGAUAAUCCCAAUUUGUUCUGCUAGACAAUUUGCACAGUUUGGUGUAAAUGACAUGAAGAAUUGGAAAUACAGAGCUUUUAAUUGCGUAAUACAACAUUUUAGUAAUAACUUUAAAGGUAUAAAAAAUAUAAUUAGUAUUGGUGAUAGCCAAUGGGAUAGGGAUGCGGUAUUUAAUGUAUUUGAGAACAAUAAAAACAUUCAAAUUACGCCUAAAGCAGUCAAGUUUUUGGGUUCUCCAAGCUUUGAAGCCUUAGGGGAAGAAAUAUUAAUAUUAACAUCAAAACUGGAGGAAAUUGUGAUGAUUGAUGGAGCCAAUAUAUACGAAAUGGAAAGGUGGUGA